AUGCAUAUAAAAGAAUACAAAGUACUUGCCUCUGAGAAGCCAACGGCUGCUAACCCAGUCCCACAGAUCUUCUCAAACAAUGUUUUUGCACAGAAUGAGAUCAUUGCCAGAAGCAAAACAUUCAGCUUAUUAAGAAAGCAGUACAAGAUAAAACUUUCAAACGGUGUAGUCUUAAAGAUGGAAGAAGUACCACAGCACAACGACGGGAAAGUAAGAACUUUUGGUGUCAGAGCAGCAUACAUCAUUAAGAGAAAGACAGUGAAUGUUCACAAGGAGAUUAGAGCACUCUGCAGAGCAGAAGCUGUAUUUAACUUAUGGCAGGACCUUAGAAGCAGACACAGUGUAAGACCAGAAACUGUUGGAAUUAUUGAAGUAACUGAAAUUCCCACAAAGGACAUCACUAGCAAAGAGCUUUUACAAAUUGCAACCAACCCAAGAUACCCACUGUUUGACAAGAGAAUCCCACACAGUGAGCCAACCUGCAAAGUAGUUGCUUAUGACAGAGCAUAA